CAGGAUAAUUAAGACUGACGGUCUUCCUGUGGCGAAAUCAUAAGUGCUCGAGGGAGUCCAAUAACAGAGAAAUGGCACAGGUCAAACAUGAAAACGCACGUCAACUCUGCAAAACCUAAUGGGCUUGGACGUUCUCAAAACAUCGAUAUUUAAAGUUGUUUAGAGAGUCAUGUCCUCUUUGAUUGAUCAUGUUAAUGUUCAAUUAAUGUUAACAUUAUAUAAAGCUACUGGACUAGGAUGUUACAUUUUGAUCCUAUGAUCAGAUCAAACUAAUGGAACUCAGUAGAAGAUCACUUACAACAGUAUUGAUUGCUUUAAGUUCUAUCAUCCUACAUGAGAACUAUGGUAAAAAAGUGUCCCGUGCUUUGAUUAAGGAAAGAAGCACUAUCUCAAGUCAACUGCAGAAUUCAAAUGAACAAUUGAGUGCAUUAGACCCCUGUGGAAGGCCUAUUCAUCCUAAAAAUGAGUCAGAUUGUAAAUCAAAGACAUUCAGUAAAGAACAAUAUCCUAAUUGUCAUUCCUUUGCUGGAAAACCAUCCAGAGUAAUAGUAAAGCAAAUAUUUAAACAUGGAAGACAGCCAGGGAUAAUUGUUGAAUUUAACCCACCCUCAACUGGUUUUAAAGACUUAUGGGCCUUUCGAGUUCGACUUAUUGACCUUACAUUAAACCAUCCCAAUGUGAACACUCAAUGCAAGCAAAUCAACUCAAAGAUGAGAGACAAGUUUGUUGUUCACUUUGAGAAUCUUGGUUAUGGCGAUCACUAUAAUUUAAGAGUGCAAAGCAUGCCACCUGAUGGUGACAAAAGUACAGUCAGUCAUGACAUCUUCAUUCAGGAACAAUGCGACAUCCUGCAAUUUCAAAAAACCAAACACUGCUGUCUGUUUUCCAGUGUUUCAUCCAAUAAAAAAGAUUAUAAAAUAAAUGAAAACAAGGCAGUUGUUACCAUCAAUAUUACAUGGCAGUUAACAUGUGAGUCAAUACAACAGUUUAAACUAAAAUGGAAUACUGAUGACUCUGAUUGCAAUGGUAGUGCUGAAGUAAAGGGAAAACAUUUUUACUCUUUAAAGUUGCUUGAAAGAUGUGUUAAAAACCACAACUACACAGGAGAGAUUUAUGGCGUUAUAUCUGACCAAGAAAAGACAAACACAGAACAGUUUUGGUUUACUGUGACAAUGAAAUCUCCAUCAUCCACAUGUCAAGCUCCAACCUCAGGACAGCAAACAUCAUUGAAACAUAUGGAAAUGAUCGCUGCUUUUAGCAGUGUAGGGGCAGUACUUGGUAUAAUUCUGCUGGUGAUGCUACUUAAGUUUUACAAAUUCAGAGCAAGACCAAUAAUACGGAUCAAUGAACGACGUCAGCCCAUGUCUGAAGCUAGAGAUGACAAAAGUUUGUCAGAUCCCGUUAAAGUCCUUAUCAUUUAUGCAAGCUGCUGUAUGCCAUGUAAGAAAGUUAUUUACAGUUUAUGGGAUGCUCUUGACAGUACAUGUCUUUUUGACAUACGGCUAGAUAUGCUAAACGAACCGCAGUUGAACGAGAACCCAUUGAGAUGGUACGAAACGCAAAUCAAAGAAGCUGAAAAGAUCUUAGUGAUGACAUCGCACGAGAUGUUGAUGUCCGACUUAAAUCUCGGUUCAAACCAGAACAACCUUUCAGACUAUGUCAACAUUCAGUUUCAACUAAAUUUACUAAGAGGUGAAGUAAGCAACACAACUGACAUCUCCAAAUUUGUUCCUGUCUACAACACCUAUAAUGGCAACAGACAUGACAUCCCCAGAUUCUUAUCAAUGUGCAGGGCAUACAAGCUACCAACAGAACUUGAUAAAAUUAUGUUUCAUUUGCUAAGGAUUAAUUCAAUUCGAAUACAUUCAAGAACACCUAUUGUACAGAUUAGUUCUGAAAAUCAUCCAUUCCUAACAAAAAAGGAUGAACUGAUAAAAGCUAUUGAUGAUGCUGCAAGUUUUCAUCAGCAUAUUUCUUGUACACAACUUUCUGAAUUUGUGUAGAACCGUCUCACCAAUGUACAAAAAAUAUAUAAAUCCAUAAUAAAGGCUAUCAUCAAAA